AUGGCUACAAAGUUGAUUAUGUUUGUCGCAUUGUUCGGACACUUGGCCUUUGCGUAUCCACCCACUGAGUACAAAAGUUACGACGCCGACCACUACGAUCACGCGCCUAAGCCAUAUCAUUUCGAGUACGGUGUGAAAGACCUUCACACCCACGACAUCAAGAGCCAACACGAGGUGAGCGACGGUCACGGUAACGUCAAAGGAUCGUACCGUCUCGUGGAACCCGACGGUUCUACCCGCGUGGUCGAGUAUACCGCUGACCACGAACACGGUUUCAAUGCCGUCGUCAAGAAGAUCGACGCACCCAAUCACCACGGCGAGUACUCCGACUCCACGGACUACCAUCAUCACGAGUCGCUCCAUCCGUACGAACAAUCGUCUUACAACAAGUUUUACUGA